AUGACUAUAACGGAUAAGGCCAAUCCAUCAAAGCGAAUCAAGAUUCUAUACACAGAGAUAUGUUAUAAUAGAGAUUACAAACCAUAUCGAUUCCUAUGUGUCGAGUACCCUCUUGUCGGAGGUACUGGUAUCAAGCCAUCAAUGUCACGUGAGGCCUCACAAGAGUUUGGCAUCGCCAAGCCACAGAAGCCAACUUUCCAAACAUCAAAGACAUUCUUAUAUUCAAAGCCAGACUCUCCAAAUGUCAUUGUGAUGAAGAAGGCUGAGCGAGAGUUUGAUACAUUCCUUCAAGAGACGAUAUUUAAUGCCAACACUGAACAACAAGUGAUCGAGGAUAUACAGAGAAUGAAAGAGAAGUUGAUGGAUGAUCUAGUGUGUGCCUGUGCCGAAUACAAAGCACUUCAAUCCAACGAGAAGCAGAUGAACAGUCUAUCACUAUUGGUCGAUUGCUAUCUACUUGGUUCACUAAACUCUCUUAUAUAUCAAGGCCUAAAGGAGAUAUACUCUCAGAAGAAUAACUACUAUUAUGAGCGAAUGACCAUACUAUCCAAUCUGACGCUGGACGACAUUGGCGUCAAGAAGGAGUUUGCCCCACAUCUGGCACGAGCCACCGACGUCAUGAUACAGUUCCAGAGCGAUGUUACACCGAUCGAUAAGCUGCUGACCAUUGUACAGGCCUCAAACGAAAUCGAGAACUCGAUCAAGACAUCCUCUCAAUUCGAAUUGAGUGACGAAUCACUCACCAUCACUGGUGACGACGCUCUGCCCCUGACCUCCUAUCUGAUCAUCCAGGCACAUCCACGCCAUCUCGAAUCAGACCUCAUCUAUUGUACAAACUAUAUCUUUUCCAACAUAUCGACCAUGUCACUUGGAUAUCAUUUAGUCAACUUCCAGGCAUCGAUCGAAUAUAUUAAACAUCUGAUCGAUCAGUUUGAUAUCGCGCCACCUCCAGCCCAACAAACCGGAGUCAACACGAUGCCUCCAUCAUUCUUGAGUUCACAAUCACUCCUGUCAUCUUAUACAGGAGCAAACCCGCCAUUGAUACAACACGAUGUAUUGUAUCCACCUCCCAUACCCAUUGUUGGCAUUUACAACUAUCCCUCUGCUCAAUCGUCUCUCUCUGCCACGACCACACCCACUGGACCAUCUUCCAAUGCACAGCAACAACAACAACAACAGGGUGGUGUUACCUCUCCGCGAGGACCAGACACCAAGUCAAACAAUAACUUCCAGUACCAGAAGUACACCAAGCCCCCCUCUGUGAUCAGUUUAAAUGACGACGAUGACGACAGCGAUCCAUUCUAA